ACACUGCACAGCUGACUCAAAAACGCAGCCACGUUGUGAAAACGCCGACAAAAAUCUGACCGAAUCGAAAACUUAAUUAAAGCAUAGCAAAGACAUGGUGCUGGAUUUGGAUCUGUUUCGCAGCGACAAGGGCGGCAAUCCCGAUGCCGUGCGAGACAACCAGAAGCGGCGCUUCAAAGAUGUCGCCCUGGUGGAGACUGUAAUUGCAAAGGACAGCGAGUGGCGUCAGUGCCGUCAUCGGGCUGACAAUCUGAACAAGGUGAAGAAUGUCUGCAGCAAGGUGAUUGGCGAGAAGAUGAAGAAGAAGGAGCCAGUGGGUGCCAUGAGCGAGGAGCUGCCUGAGGCUGUCACCGCAGGCCUAGCCGACAUUGUGGCCGAAACGCUGCAGCCGCUGACGGUGAAUCAGAUCAAGCAGCUGCGCGUGCUCAUCGACAAUGCCAUGACGGAGAACCAAAAGUCACUGGAGCUGGCGGAGCAGACCAGAAACACAUCGCUGCGGGAGGUCGGCAAUCAUCUGCACGAUUCGGUGCCAGUGUCCAACGAUGAGGAGGAGAAUCGCGUCGAGCGGACCUUUGGCGAUUGCGAGAAGCGUGGCAAGUACUCGCAUGUGGAUCUGAUUGUGAUGAUUGAUGGCAUGAACGCAGAGAAGGGAUGUGUAGUGUCGGGGGGACGUGGCUAUUUCCUCACCGGCGCCGCAGUCUUCCUGGAGCAGGCACUCAUUCAGCACGCCCUGCACUCGCUGUACGCCAAGGACUAUGUGCCCCUGUACACGCCCUUCUUCAUGCGCAAGGAGGUGAUGCAGGAGGUGGCGCAGCUGUCCCAGUUCGACGAGGAGCUCUACAAGGUGGUGGGCAAGGGCAGCGAAAAGGCCGAGGAGGCUGGCACCGAUGAAAAGUAUCUGAUUGCCACCUCGGAGCAGCCCAUUGCCGCCUACCACCGCGACGAGUGGCUGCCCGAGGCAUCGCUGCCCAUCAAGUAUGCCGGCCUAUCCACAUGCUUCCGUCAGGAGGUGGGAUCCCAUGGACGCGACACACGCGGCAUCUUCCGCGUGCAUCAGUUCGAGAAGGUCGAGCAGUUUGUGCUCACCUCCCCGCACGACAACAAAUCCUGGGAGAUGAUGGACGAGAUGAUUGGCAAUGCCGAGCAAUUCUGUCAGUCUCUGGGCAUUCCCUACCGUGUUGUGAACAUUGUGUCGGGUGCUCUCAACCAUGCCGCUGCCAAGAAGUUGGAUCUGGAGGCCUGGUUUGGCGGCAGCGGUGCCUACAGAGAGCUUGUCUCCUGCUCAAACUGCCUGGACUACCAGGCACGUCGUCUGCUGGUGCGCUUUGGUCAAACGAAGAAGAUGAACGCCGCCGUUGACUACGUGCACAUGUUGAAUGCUACGAUGUGCGCGGCCACGCGUGUCAUUUGCGCCAUCCUGGAAACGCAUCAGACAGAGACGGGCAUCAAGGUGCCGGAACCACUCAAGAAAUACAUGCCGGCCAAGUUCCAGGAUGAGAUUCCAUUCGUGAAGCCAGCACCCAUUGAUUUGGAGCUGGCUGCGGCUGAGAAGCAAAAGGGCAAGAAGGACAAGAGCAAGAAGGAUCCAGCUGCGGCUUAACCCUGUCCCUACCCCUUAUGAUUAUUAACUGCUAAAAAUUAAGCUUGCAAAGUCCUCAAACAUCAUUUGUUAUUCAGCGACCUUAGCUAUCCACUAUUUAUGGCAUUUAUGUGAACACUUUUUAUUAUAAAAUUAAACUGGAACAAGCUGAGCUUCGAAUGCAAA